AUGAUGUUUAUAUUGUGGGCGCCUUUUUGGAUAUUUAAUGAUUCAAUUAUUUCUUUAAUUUAUGGGACUAUACACAGACCUUUUUGGUCGUUUUUGCUUUUUUGUUUUUUGGGGUUUUUGGAAGCUAAUUUAAAAGGAAGUGUUUUGGCAAAAUUAUUGUGUUGGCGUGUAUUUCGUCCAUUAUCCAAAUUAGUUUUGAUUGUUUUAUUAUUAUCAGAGCCAAUAGCUUUAUCUUUAUUUGCUUCAUUACAUCGUCCAGUACACACAACCCCUUUAUCUUCUUUGCUUUCUUUUAUUGGAAUUUUUGUUUGUUCUUUUUUAUUUUCUUUUGUUUUGGAUUGUUCUGUAAUUAGACCUGUCAGAAAUUUAUUUUUAAAAAUUUAUGGAGAAAAGGAAAAGGUACAAGAAGAGGAAAAUAAAGAAGAAAAUGUGGAAAAGGAAGGUGCAAUAGAAGAAGAAACUGAAAAUUUCUUAGGAAAAUCAAAAAAUGAAAUUUAA